AUGGCCUCCCCUCAGCAAGCGCAAUUCCGUCAAGGCGAUGCGUCGUCCACAAAUUAUGGGCACGGUGCGAUCCUUCGACGGCUCGGCUAUAUUUGCCGAAAGAUGAAUGUCCUCGCCGUUCCGCUGCCGGCACCCGAUCACUCGUCGUCCAACAACAUCCAUAACUACUCAAUCGAUGACCCGACCAAUCCUUGCAAUACAGAGGCCCUCCUGAAGCUGCCGAAGCUCGUUCUGGUGGGCGGACAGAGUGCGGGCAAGAGCUCUCUGGUCGAGUGUCUCAGCGGCGUGCGUCUCCCUCGAUCGGACGGCACUUGCACACGCGGACCACUCGACAUCGAUAUCACCCCCACCGACGUCGAAAGCACACGACCCUUCGAGACUCAGCCGUCGUGGACAGCCGCCAUCUCGGUGGUCCUGCCAGCAUCCGGCUCCGCAGCGCCCGGAUCCAUCGUUCAGUUCGGCGACACGAUCCACGAUCCGUCUCUUGUAGCCGACCGCCUUCGGCGAGCGUCCAUCGCUGUUUUGGACAACUUCCAAACCUCAUCCCGAAAGCCCAAGCCCUCCGACAUCGUCGCUGCCAAGUACUUCAAAAUGACCAUCGAUGAGCUCGCGGACGCCGAAGAUACCAACAAGACCGACCUGCCACUGUUCUUUCCCGAGGGGGCUCGGCUGUCUUUGUCCAUUCGGGCUCUAGGCGCAGAGCCGCUGUGCUUCACCGACCUGCCCGGCCUCAUCACGUUCGGCAACCCGACCGAGCUUGACGCGACUCGCCGCAUCAUCACGAGAGAGAUCCAGGACAAGUCAACCAUCAUCAUUUACGUUGCCGCCCUCGACUCGGACCUGCGCAGCCAAGGCGCCUUCCUGCUGGUCCGCGACGCCGACAAGACUGGCAGUAGGACCGUCGGCGUGCUGACCAAACCCGACCGAAUGACGGGUGGAGAUCGCCAGUGGACCAACCUGAUCAACGAAUCGUCGCCGCUCAGCGUCAAGGGCAACUCUGGCAAGCACUACCUCAAACAUGGCUGGCACGUCGUUCGCUGCCCUGGGCCGGACGAGGAGCUCUCCGAGAUUGAUCAGAUCGAAACCGAAUUCUUCCUCGGACGUGGAGGCGAUGCAGCCCAGGGAUGGCAGCGCACUGCUGCAAAGCUCGACGCCAUCGAUGAGCACGGAACCUUUGUCGAGACGCGGUGCGGGCUCGCCAACCUUGCGAGGAAUCUGGGCAUUCUUCUGGUCCAGGAAAUCAAGGCGACUGUUCCGAAUACGCUCGCAGCGGCCAGCGUGAUCGCGCAACGUCUCGACCGCGAGCGACUUUCGAUCGUCAAUAAGCACCGGAGCAACGCCGCCUUCCCUUCUCGCAUCACCGGACAGGAUUCUGCUGCCAGCUUCCCCACGGAACGGCAGCUCAUCCUCAGCGUCGACAAGAUCGUCUCCUGCUUUCAGAUGUUGAGCUUCGACAUCAACAAAGACCUGGCUCCGCGCCUUCUUGACGAGUUGCUUGCCAUCGCUCCGAUUUACCUUCCUUUCACCGCCGCUGAAGCGGAUGACCCGGAGCUCGUCGCAGCCUAUCGUCCUCAGCCCUGGACCUUCCACACCAAGCUGUUCAAGAAAGUCCCUCGAUCCUUCGAGCUCGAUGAGCACCCCAACAAGAAUGACGAUGGCGACGAUGGCGACGAUGGCGACGAUGGCGACGCUGCGCCUGAUCAAGCUGAGUGCAGCACGGACGCGCGCCAUCCUUCCGCAAAGUCAGUGACGAUUGAUGACCUCAUGAAGCGACUCAAAUCGGGUCCGAGCUUUAGUAUUGGAGUGGCUUGGUGCCACACGUUCGAGGCGAUCCAUGCUGAGCUUCAGCAAAGUUUCCAAGCCGCCGUCGAACGGUACACAAGGCUGGUUCGAGAGCAUCUCACCUCGCUCAUCAACAAGGCGGUGCCCAGCGACAUCCGAGAGACGUACCCUGAGCUCGUCGCAGAUCUCGUCAAGAUCGCCAACGACUUUGUUCAGGAGCGUCUGACCACCGAUAUGGACGAGCUCACUGACAGGGUCGCUAAGCAUUCGCUUUGCGAGCACGCGCCCAGUCGAGCUGCCAGUAGCAGUAUCCUCUUCAGCGGAGACGAGAGCGAGUACGCCGGAUGGGUUGCUCGAGAGCAAGAGGCCUAUCUCAUGCUGCGGAUGAACCUCAUUGCCAAGGACAGGGCCGACGAAGGCGACAAGACCUUCCUGACCAAUCUCAGCAAGUACAUCGAAGGUCUUUACAAAAUGGGUCUCUUCGGACAGAAAGGCAAGGACGACCGCGAUACCGAUCUCUGCUACAUGAAGCCCAUUCCGGGCGGUCUGAUGCAGGCUCCGACUCAGGCCGCGCCCAAGACUGCAACCAGAAGGGCAAGAAAGAGUACAGACACAGCACCCGACCCAACGCCCGAACCUGACGACGCCAGCGAGGGCCCAGGCUCGCCCACUCCGAGCUUUUCUCGACAGCGCGUGUCGACUCCCCUUUUUGACGGUAUCCUCGACCCGCCUCCGUCGGCCUCGCCUGGAGCUCACUCGACCUCGAAGCUCACCGUCUAUCCUCGUCUGACUCUGGUUGCUGAACUUCUCACCUUCAAGGAUCCGUGGAUGUGCACGGCGCUCAAGCUCAUGGCCGACCUGCGAGGCGACUUCAAUUUCUUCAGCCUGUUCGUCGCCGAGGAGAUCCUUGCAGUGCCCGUCCGGCUGAUGAAAGCAUUGCACACCUACCUGCACACGACAGUCGCACCCAGCUUCGGCACUCACCUCGGCGUUGACGAGCUGUACCAGCGCUACUUCUGGGAGGCGGACCGACCGAGGAGGGUGCAAACUGAGUUCGAGAGCAAGCAGGAAAACAUGCGGAAGGAGGCUCACGAGUUGGUCGACGAGCUCAAGGCGAUCAUAGAGCAGCUGGAUGGCGCGGAUGACCGUUGCGAUGAGACAUUGAAGAAGAGUCGAGGAGGUGGGGGGGUGCGAAGCGCGCCGGGAGGCCAGACGACGCCGAUGACAACGCCCGUCCGACAGCGCGGUGCAGCCACAAACGCCAUCCCUUUCGCAAAGGUAUCGCCAAUCACGCCUACCAAGACAAGUCUGCUCAAGGCGAGCGUCACGCCUUCCAAGAAGCGGCCGCUGCCCAACGAGGUACCCACGACCCCGAGCAAGAUUCGCAACACGACCUCGACUGCCGCUGGCUUCUCUCGCGGCAAGCCUGCUGUGGUUGGACUAUCCCCUGUCAACACCAUCGCCACCACGGGUCCCAGCAACAGCGUCGUUCGCUCGCCUGCCAUCAACGCAACCAACUCCACCACCAGCAUGGUCCGCACAACUACCGCCGACUCUAACGGCAGCCACGGCGCCCGGAACGCUGAACAGCCUCGCACUACACAGAAGACCUUCCCCGUUUCAGUCGACGACGCCGAGUACAGGAUCCCACUGUCGCCCACCUACUCCGAGCUCGCCGAGGCUGACGACGAAGAAGAAGAGGCAGAGCAGGUCGAGGGGCAGUAUCCCGCCUGGCUGGACCCGCGCAUCGAGUCGCACGUCAUCCCCAUCUCGUCCGACACGGUGGAGCAGCACGUCAUCCAGGUCUCGUCUGAUACCGAGGGCGGUCAGUAA